AGAGUACCUGUAAUAAAGUAACAUAUUAAACAUGAUAAGAAUAUAUAUUUUUCAUUUUUAGAUCGUUGAUCACAUAAAUGUUACUGAAGACGAUGCGACGAACGAAACCAAAUGAAAGAACGUUUCAGAUCGUAGUACAGUGGUACCUCGGUCUGCUUUGGGAUACGUCCAAUUUGGAAUGCAUCCUGUUUGGACGUGACAAAUUUUACUCGGUAUACGACAUAAACUUUUUGUGUGAAUUUUGCGUCAUUUUUAAAUAAUUAUCUCAGAGGAAAAAUUAAAUUAAUAAUCAAUUAUAUUCGGAGUUGAUGUACAAUUAACUGACUGAUCAUAUAAGCAAGGAUAUCAUAUAACAAAAUAUGGGAAAGCAACAAUCAACGAGCCAUGAAUCAACUGUUUGCGCACAACCAACAUUUACUGGACACUCUAGUUCAAGAAACACGAAAAGAAAAAGAGACGGUGACGAAGCCGGUGAAAAAUUUCUAUCAUCGGCACUACAUAGAUUAGAAACUAUUUCAGCUAAUGCAAUCGCAACGUCUAAAAAAACCGAAUUUGAUAUAUUCGGACAAAGCGUUGCUGCGCAAUUAAACAAUAUGACGUUGGAAGAUGCGCUUCAAUUGCAGUUGGAAAUCCAACAGUUAAUUACCAAAAAGCGUAUAAACCAUCGUAUGCAGCUAUUAAACAGACAACUACAACGAAACAAUAACAAUAGCCCUUCUUAAUACAUAUUUCAAAGUCCUUUUCCGUUCUAAACUAUCCAAUGAGCAGGUACUUCUGAUUUUUCCCUUUCUACAGAUGAUUCUAUGAUCACCUAUUUUCAAUUAUCUUAAUUGUAUAUAUAUUUAUCAAAAUAUUAAAAAAUAUUA